CCGCACAGCGGCGAUGGCGGCCCAGAAGAUCAACGAGGGGCUGGAGCAUCUGGCCAAGGCGGAGAAGUACCUGAAAACUGGAUUUUUAAAAUGGAAGCCAGACUAUGACAGUGCCGCCUCUGAAUAUGGAAAAGCAGCUGUUGCUUUCAAAAAUGCCAAACAGUUUGAACAAGCAAAAGAUGCCUGCCUGAGGGAAGCUGUUGCCCAUGAAAACAACAGGGCUCUUUUUCAUGCUGCCAAAGCUUAUGAGCAAGCUGGCAUGAUGCUGAAGGAGAUGCAGAAGCUUCCGGAGGCCGUGCAGCUGAUUGAGAAGGCCAGCAUGAUGUACCUGGAGAAUGGCACUCCCCACACGGCCGCCAUGGCCCUGGAGCGAGCCGGCAAGCUUAUAGAAAAUGUAGAUCCAGAAAAGGCUGUACAGUUAUAUCAGCAGACAGCUAAUGUGUUUGAAAAUGAAGAGCGCCUCCGGCAGGCGGUUGAACUACUGGGGAAAGCUUCAAGACUGCUAGUGCGAGGACGCAGGUUUGAUGAGGCGGCACUCUCUAUUCAGAAAGAAAAAAAUAUUUAUAAGGAAAUUGAGAAUUACCCAACUUGUUAUAAGAAAACGAUUGCUCAAGUCUUGGUUCACCUGCACAGAAAUGACUACGUGGCUGCUGAGAGGUGUGUCAGGGAGAGCUACAGCAUCCCCGGCUUCAAUGGCAGUGAAGACUGUGCCGCCCUGGAGCAGCUGCUGGAAGGCUACGACCAGCAGGACCAAGAUCAAGUGUCAGAGGUCUGCAACUCGCCCCUCUUCAAGUACAUGGACAACGAUUAUGCUAAGCUGGGCCUGAGCUUGGUGGUUCCAGGAGGGGGAAUCAAGAAGAAGUCGCCAGCAACACCGCAGGCCAAGCCUGAAGGCGUCAGCGCAGCAGCUGCCGAGGAGGAGGACGAGUACUCAGGAGGCCUGUGCUAGCACCGUGCCUGCGGGAAGAGCAAGGCAGAGGGUCCCGGCACGCACCUUCACGGACCUGGGGCUUGCCUGGGGCACCCGCACUUCAGUGAAGUCAGGAUUUUGAAUGCUAACAGAGGUGAAUUUUUAGUUACCGUGAUCCAUUUCCCUGAGUCAGCUUCUGCCUGUGAAGCAUUGUAAGAGCAAGAAUUAGCCGAAAACAUACUGUCACAUGUUAAUAAGUCAAUUUUAAAACUUACAAGCUACAUUCUAGACAAAUUAUCCUAAACAAAAGGAACAAUAGGCAUAGAUAUUCUUCUUUCUUGGGGUCUUGUAAUUUAUUGUAGAAAUUUUCAUUUGCAUUUUAUUUAAUAUUGCUGCUAAAAGUGAUGUUUACUGGUAAGAAUGAUUAUUUUGAAACUUUUUGUUUUGCAGAAAAGGAAAUUUAUCUCCCAUGAUAUUAGAUAUCUUUAAAUUAUUAAAUCUUUUCAGAGACAAGAUUGGUACAGAAGUGAUUUUGAGCCUCACAGUAAAAGAUGCAUUUAAGCUUUUAUAAGUGAUCUCACCAAAUUCUAAAGGUAGCAUGUUAGAAUGAUAACUGUAAAUGUCUCUAGUCCUUUCUGAAGUGUGGGUAUUUCUUCCAUCCAAAAAACAAACAAAAAAAAGCAUACAGCGUGACUGGUCUGAAAUCCUCCUUGACUCUUGACCCAACGGGAGCCAGUGGAAACCUUCUGUGCAUUUGGAGAAGGAGGUCAGGAUUGCAUCGGUCUAGUGUGCGUGGGCUUCUUCUCCGAAGUGGUCUCUCGCAGAGUUGCAGCUUGACCAGCUCUUCCUGAAUCGGGAGGUGCUGUGCCCUGCUCACGUUUAGCUGGGAGGGACGAUGCAUUUAAAGCCCGGGACUGCGGAUGCUCUCACACUUCGUGGCGUCUUCCUCAAACGUCAUUUUAAAGCAUUCAUUCCUUUUGCAGCCGGGUGGCUUAGAGCGUUGCAUCAUCUGUUCAUCGGAGGCAGGCUAGGACAGCAGCAGGUGUGCCCGCAGGCUUCCAUUGGCUGGCACACCCUAGAGCAGCCCUUGUUGAUACGGUCCGCUUAGUCUGGACCUCUGGAAGCACCACAGGAGUGCCAUGGUGACUGGCCAUGGUCACUGUGGCCAUGGGCAGGACUCAGGUGGAGGAGCACCCUUUGGCAGGUGUGCCUGCGUGGGUGCACAUCAGGAUGCUGUCUGGUUUGUAGGUCUGAUGCAAAACACUAAUAAAUUCAAUGCUUUAAGUUACUUGUAGAGUUGGCAGGCAGCUAGCUCAUUUUCAUUAAUUACAUUGAGAUCAUGAACAAUCUGAAUAAAGCUGUAUCUAGGCAUUUUUAUUUAAAGAGAAAUCAAUGUUUCUAAGGCUCCAUCAUUGCUGUGUGUACUCUUUAGAUCCAGUCAGAAACUUCUGGAGUUAUAUAUUAAUGCUCAUUUGAGCUACUUUGCUAUGUUUAAACAGAUUUGGUGGUACUCAAAGAUAUUUUAGACUGUCUGUCUCUAGACCAUAUUACUCAUUAUACCCUUGUGGGGGAAAAUUUAUUUUACUUUUCUCACAUACUGAGACCUUGAAGAAAAGGAGGAAUGAGCCAGUGCAUCCUGUAGCCUCAUGCAGCUGGGCUCGAACAUGAAGGGCUUGAGACGGAGAGAGCCCCUCCCUGCCUCCUUUAGGAGCAGAUGUGCAGAACGGGGGCUAGUUCCUGAUGUCAGGGCCGUUCUUCCUGGUGUCUCGUGAAGAGCAUCUGUGCAUUUUGUCUUUCCACCUGCGUAAAGGCCUUCAUCCUGAGGGCAGUCACAAGUGGAAGACUCCGUGUUUAUGACGAAUCUCCCCAGGCUUCAGCAUCCUUGCUGCACUACAAUGAGAGUCUGCAUGACGUGCUCAGAAUCCAGUGUUCCGUUUUCUGUUAAUACCGUGAGUGAAGUCAGUCUGCAAGAUAUGUUUAAUAUAUUGAAUUUAUUUGUACAUAUGCAGAGUAUGGUAUUUGUGUAUGGAAUUUGUGCUUUAUUCCUAUUUUUUCCAGCUCUUUGAUGAGUAAAAUAUUGCGUGUUGUUAUAGAAAUACAGAUUAUUGCUUUAAUAGGAAGAGAAUUAUGAAAAUAAAACCUGAAACUAUAA